AUGUUCACAAAUUCAUAUCGGGAGAAUGAUGAAUCGCCGAGCUGGAUUGCAAAUGAUGCUGUCGUACUUAGCUCAGAGAACGAUAUUAAUGGAAUCAAUAUCGGAAGUGACGUGAUGCUUGGGGAUAUUGGCUUCCAACUUGGCGUCAGCGUAUUCUACGCCAUUCUGGGCUGUGAGUUUCUUCUCAGGUACAAGUACGACCGACCUUUCACUCGGCACCGGAAUCGGAACGUCUCCUCGACGACUCUUCCGUCGCACAAUUAA